AUGAAGCUAACAAGAACUGCGUUUUUUGCUCUUAUCCUCGUUAUAAUGAUGAUGAUGAGCUCGGUUUUGGCCAUCGAUUGCGACAAGGAAUGUAAGCGUCGAUGUUCGAAGGCCGGUCGACAGGACCGGUGCCUUCAGUAUUGUGGCAUAUGUUGUCGUGAUUGUAAAUGUGUGCCUUCAGGAACUUGCGACUUUCCUUUUCCCUCGUCCUCACUCCCUUUCACAUACCUCAUCAACGCAUACACCUCGGGCCGGGCCCUAAACCCGGGUUGUACCCUCCACGCCCGACUCAUCAUCGUCGGCGCUGCUAAAUCCCUACACCUCGCUUCCAAACUGAUAGCUUUCUACGCCGCCUGCAGGCAUUUUGGUCACGCCCGCAGGUGUUCGACGAAAUUCCCAAGCCAAGUAGAAAAGCUCAAUGUCACGACCAGCAUCCUCAAAGCCUGUGGGCACCUCUGUUUUCGUAAAACGGGCCAAGGACUACAUGCCGUUGUUCUGAAAAACGGGUUCGGGCGGGACCUAUUUGUGGCUUGCUUGCUCGUCGACAUGUACUCGGGGUGCAAAAAUGUUGAGGACGCAAAAAGGGUGUUUGAUGAAAUGUCCGUUCGAGUGGAUUUAGUGUUGUUGAACACUAUGGUUUCGGGAUUCGUUCGCAAUGCAAUGGUUAAGAGAAUUCUCGAAAGUAUGGAGGCCGACGGGAUUAAGCCCGAUUCGAUAAUUUCGGGUUAUAUCCAAAAUUUUCGAACCAAAAAGGCGUACACCGAUUUUCGAAAAAUGUUGCGACUCCUUCCCAGGCCCGCAAACACCACGGACUUGAGACGGGGAAAGGAGAUUCAUGGUGGCGGCGGGGAAACUGGAAGCUCGGGCGGUGAUGUGGCAUUGUUGGGGUUGUAUGCCGACUUGAGUCGUUGGGGAAAUGUGAUGGAGUUGAAGAGCGUGAUGAGGAAGAGGAAGUUUAGGAGUUUGCAAGCCGUAGUUGGAAUGAUGUUUCAUUAUGUCGGCAAUGUGGGAAUUUUGGUUUUGAAACUUGAAAUUCCGAGCUCGCGUUCCUUCGAUUCAGCCAUUUGUCGCUCUGAUUCCUCCCCAAAUUAUUUAAUAGUUAAGAGAAAAAUGAAGCUAACCACAUUAGCUACCUUUCUGCUGGCCCUCCUCUUCAUGGCCAACCUGCAUGAGACAACGGCCGACAAGCACCCGCCAGCUGGCGGAGUCUCGCAAUUUUGCCAGUCGAAAUGCAGCUACCGGUGCUCGAAGGCCAGCCGCCAGGACCGUUGCCUGAAAUACUGUUACAUAUGUUGCGAAAAGUGUCACUGUGUGCCGUCCGGGACUUCCGGCCACAAGGAUGAGUGCCCUUGCUAUAGGGACUGGAAAAACUCAAAGGGUGGACCUAAAUGCCCUUGA